AUGGACGCCAUGGAUUUCAUGAUCGAGCCACUGUUUGCCGACGUGGGAGAUGCUGCUGAGGGCACUUCAUCUUCCCAAGGCCCAGUGCCGCGUGUGGUGCUGGAGGGCGUGCCUGUCUCUGAUGUCAACGAGCAUGACAAGGUGCGCUACAACUUGAACAACCAGUGGCAGUACAUGGUCGACCCGGCCGAGCCCACGCGCCUCAUCUUGCGCGAGGGUGGCCCGCAUCGGCCAGACGACUACCGGGAAGCCUUGGAGAGGUGCAGCACGUCCCGCUGGGUGGAUCGAUUUCGGGGCUUCUACCGCGUGGUCAACGUCCCGCGCCACCACACGGCGUGGAUGCGGGAGGCGUCCCAACUGGCCGUACAGAAAUCUGGCUUCUCGCCCCUCUUCCAGAACGAUCUCGAUGCAGCCGUUGCAGAUACGGCAUGUGGCGAUACCUUUCAUUCCUGCGACGCCGAUGUGCCAGGCACAUGCUACUUUGUCCGCACGGAACGUGUCAGCCUCAAGGAUGGGAUACAUGGUGUAGGGCCCUACGCCACGAUGCGAUCGAUCAUCGAGUCUGCCGUAACCGCUCGGGGCGGACACCAGGGCGUUGAUGAGGAUACACAGCAGCUGAAGCUGUAUCUUUUCCCAUGGAGGACCGACCUCGAUGCAUUUCGCGAGUUUCGCGUCUUCGUUGCCAAUGGCCGGGCCACCGCCUUCUCGCAACAGAAGUUGUACGUGGCCAACCCGAUCCUCGCGCCCUUGUCUGAAAGAGACCGCACCCGAGUUGUGCAAAACUGGCUCGGGCGGCUGCUGCCGUACAUUACGCACACCAUUGUGCCUUUGUUGGAGGACCUCAUGUCAAGCUUCGUCCUGGACAUCGUUCUCCUUGGACCACCUGCCGCCUACAAGGACGAUGCAGACUCAGUGAAUGUGGACUUGAUGCGCCCAGAUUUGCUUGAGCCGUACUUCAUCGAGGUGAACACCUUUGGGUUUGCCUACGCUUCCGGCUCCUCUCUCUUUUCUUGGGUUGAGGACUACGCGCUGCUCUAUGGACUUGAUGCAGGCAUGGCCGACGGUGCCGUUGCUGUGCGAUACACGACGCCAUAG